CGACCUGUGACAUUUGUUCCUGUGACUGACGCAGACUAGUGCAGCAACAUGCUGGAAGAGGAAACAGGACAUUGAGACAGAAACACAUGAGAAAGAUGCUGUGAGGAGAACAAACCUGUUCUUCAAGCUGUCGACGUCUUUCCAAGCUGCGACCAAGCCCCUGCAUGAGUCAUGUCGUUUACCUACGUCUUUACUGAGUAUUACUUUGAGGCAUCGAAUGAAACGUUCGUCCUCGAUUCAGACACGUCACCAUGUGAGCUGAAACCUCUGGAGCCCACAGCAGCUGUGGCCGUGGGCGUCCUCCUCAUGGCCAUCUUUCUACUGGCGAUACCAGGAAACCUGUUGGUGGGGUGGGUGAUCAGCACCAGCAAACAGACCCUGAACCCUUCGGAUGUGUAUCUGUUUCAUCUAACGAUAGCCGACGGCCUGAUUGCGCUCACCCUCCCGUUCUGGGCUGUGGCGGUCUCCCAGGGAUGGCUCUUUGGAGGCUUCAUGUGCAAACUCCUUAGCUUCGUCAACGAAGCCAACUUCUACAUCAGCAUCAUCUUCCUGGCCUGCAUCAGCAUCGACCGCUACCUCCUGAUUGUGCACGCCAGUGGAACUGUCAAGAGCCGCCAGAGGAUGUGCAGCCGGCUCCUCUGCGCAGGGGUCUGGGCCUUCGGCUCGGCCCUCGGCCUGCCGGAACUUUUCAAUGAAGCCACCAAGUUCGAGGACUUGGACAGGAUGAUGUGUGCUGAAGACUUUGACAUCGGCAGCUCCAGCUUGUGGAGGCUCGCCACCAAAGGCAUCCGCCACAUGUUUGGCUUCUUGCUGCCUCUGGGGGUCAUGAUUGUCUGCUACAGCAUCACCACAGUGAGGUUGCUGCACACACGUGGUUUCCAGAAGUACCGGGCCAUGAAGGUCAUCCUGGCCGUGGUGAUUGCGUUCCUAGUCUGCUCGAUGCCGUACCACAUAACCAUGAUCAUAGACAUGCUGAUGAGGACAGACCUGAUCCAGUUUGACUGUGCGAUGAGGACGUCGGUGAACCAGGCUAUUGUGGCGACCCACAGUCUGGCUCUGAUGCACAGCUGCAUCAACCCGGUCCUCUACGCCUUCGUGGGCGAGAAGUUCAGGAAGAAAAUGCUGCUGCUUUUCCAGAGGAAGGUCAGAAAGGAGAGGUCCACAUCGUCAAGGUUCAGCAGGUCCACGUCUCAGACCUCCGAGGGACACGGAGCCUUUUUUUAGGUUUUAUUCCGGGAAGAAAGAGUUAUGACAACUUCAAGAUGCUCAAGAAAUUCAAGAACCCCCCCCCCUCUGGAAAAACAAUCGUUGGUCAUGCAAUUCAGAUACACUAGGUGGCAGUGUCAAGAAAAGUCUACAAUAUAAUCAAUUAACCUAUAAAAGAUUCGAUCCUGAAAGAAUAAGUCAAAUUUUUCUGUAGUUUGAUCCCCCUGCAGGAUGUUUUCAGUUCUGUCUCUGUGCUCUAUGUGGCUCACUGCUGCCACCUGUUGAACCCACUGCCACAUAGCACAUCCACUAUUCUAAACUAUGAUCUCCCGUCUCUGAUUUUAGUGGAUCAGCCUUUAGGCCUGUUUUUACCUUUUCAAACUGCUCCUAUGUUCUGUUUUUGACUUUUUUUUAUGUAACUGAUGAAAACUCCAGCUUUAAUGUUUGGAUCUAUCUAGUUUGUGUUUGUUUUCAAUAAAAGUAAAAAGCUGUGCAA